GAUAAGCGUUCUUGCAAUACAGGCGCACGAUCGGUUGUGUCGACAGUGAAUGAGUACAUUUUCAGAUACGAGAUAUUCGAAGAGUUUCUGUGUUGCUUUUUGACGAUUUUUUUUUUGUUUGACGUGAAGCAAUUCGCAUUCUUACGCAUAUUUCGCGUCAAAUCCACAAAGUGAUUUUACUUUUAAUACAAUUGUGGGCAUUGUUAAAGUGUAUUAAUAUACGCGUAGUGUUUUUGUUGUUAUUUUAUUGGUGUUUGCGCGAGUGUGUGAGAUUUUGUGCUUGGAUUUGAAUUGAAUUAACUCGGCGGCUGCGAUUUGUGGCGGACGGUGAAGCAAGUGCCUUGAAGAAAUCUACGUGAAGUGAGGAAAGUUCAAGCGCCUGUUAAAAUAUACAUACUUAUGUACAUACAAACAAGUCCAUUAAUGUGUGAGGCGUAUAAAUAUUAGUAACUGCUCAAGUGUCCGAAUAAAGAUCGCCCGCUGCCGCCGCUUAACACAGCAGCCAUCACUUUCAUUUCAUUCGUUUAUAGGGGUUUUUCACUUUUUUAUUAACAACAAUGCUUCCAAAUAGGAGGCCACCUAUCAGCACAUAGAAGGCGUGGCUGAAUGCAUAAUUCUCCAUGUCACAGCUUAAAUUCUUCGAAAACAAUACGUGAACAAGAAAACAUGAUUAAAACGAUAGCAAAUAAAAUACUGGAAAAUGUGCCAACCAAAUCGUCGAACGUCUUACCAAAGUGUUGGAAUAAAUUUAAAAGUUAAACCCAAAUCAGCGCAGUUGUCAAUGCAAAAGACUUGAAAGUGUUGAAGUAGUAAAGCAUAUAACAGUUUACAAUUCUACACAAGUGUUGAAAAUUUACAAAAACAAAAACAUACAACUUAACAGCAGAAUAACACGCUUCUAAAACGCGCAAACGCCAAGCCUACCUUUUCGCAAAAUGCAACACUGCGCGUCCAAGAAGUGCAUAGCUUCGACAACGACGCCGUCGCGGUCGCUGCAGGUCUCUUCCAUAUUAACACCAACGUCACACACGCUGCUCAGUAUAUUAUGCACCAUUUUGGUGCUAAACAGCUGGACCAGCUUAACGCCGGUGGCGUGUCAGCGACCACUGCUCAAUCACACCAGCUACAACUCGAUUGCGGCCGCACAACAGCACAAUUAUCUGGGCAGCGGCAAACAGCUGCGCAAUGGACGCACACGCGAUAUGCCAAUACCGCAAGCGACCAUGUCGUCGUUGACGCAGCGUGGCAUGUUGCCCUACGAUGAUUUCGACGGACCGGAUGGUACACGUGCACCGCCCUUGGGUGGACGCGGUGGUGGACGCGGCGAAACCAGUCGACGGCGUCUAAAUCUAUCCGGUUUGGGUGCGAGUGUUGGACGACCCAACAGUGGACGUGGUGGCAUCGAUUCGUUGCGCAAAGAGUUGAUGAAACCGUCUGUGGGCGGACCAGGUGGUGGUAUUAGUGGCACAAAUGUCGGUUAUCCAUCCUAUUCGGCGACUUCGUCCAUAGGCAAGAUAGAUGGUUUGGGCAGUUUGGGACCGGCUGACCGUUAUGGUGAUCAAUUGCGUCCCGGUGCGGAGACACUAUAUCCAGCGCACUAUCAACCGCAAUUCAAUGGCAAUCAAGCUGAUCCCACCGAUGCUAAGCCGUUCCGUGUUAGUCCGAAGAAGUCGUACAAUUCCAUUUCGGAAAUACGCAAAUUGAAUAAGCAACGUUUUCCGCCACAAGGACAAGCCGAUGAACCGGAUGGCGGUGUCACCAAUGGAAAUAUCGAUGGCCAUGACGGCGACGUUGAUGAACACAGAGAUCCGUUGGAGGUGAUCAAAGAGAAGAUGCGCAAUACAGCACCCAAAUCGAGUCCUUACGAAACGCAGACCGACUCCACACCUUCCUCGGAAAUUGAAGAUCAGCUUGGUGUGAAAUGCACUUUUGAGAAUGCUUGCGCAUGGAAAUGGGCGGAAGGGCUACACGACGGCUUUCAAGUGAUAAGCGGUAUGGAGUUAGUAAAAAAGAAUAUGACCGGUCUAUACCCUGGCCCUAUAGCAGACGCCACCGAAGAUGGAAAUGGACACUUUUUAUACGCGCGUCUGCUGCCCACCACUGAGCAAGUGAAUCUCACAUCACCACAAUUCAGCACAACCAUGGAGAAAUGUUACCUCGAAGUGUAUAUGCAUCAAAGCGAUAUGAGUCAUGGACUUUCGCGUGUCGUCGUCGAACCAAUGGAUUCGCAGGAGAGUUCAUGGGUGCCAGCCGAAAUCGUUGGCGACAACUAUCGCCAAUGGGGACGUAAAUUCUAUCGGCUCGGACGCAUAUCACGUGACUUCCGCAUUGUUUUCGAGAUUGUGCCCAAACUGGGCGAAAGUCAGAAGGCACAUGUGGCCAUCGAUAAUUUACAUAUGGUCAAUUGUUUCCCAGAGGGCACCAAAUCGGAGAAAUGCAGUACAUCGCAAAUAAAAUGUAUGAUGAAUAAAGUGCCGGUUUGUAUACCGUUACCGCGUAUUUGCGACAUCACCAAAGACUGCGACGACGGCGAAGAUGAGCUGCUUAAUUGCGACAAAAUCCCUUAUGGCGGCCGUUGCGACUUUGAACAGGACUGGUGCGGUUGGCGUGACUCGGGCAAAACGAUGCUCACGUGGUCGCGUCAUACAGGUGCCUCGCCCACACACGAUACCGGACCCGAUGGCGAUCAUACACAGCAGCAUCUCUUGAACGCCACCGGUGGCUAUUAUAUGCUCGUCAAUAUGAAUCAACAUAUGAACAACUCGGAUAAGGCGUCGCAGGUCGGCUUCGCCAGCAAUGCGUUCAUGAUUAGUAAAACCUUCAAUCCGCCGCCGCUGGUGCAUGGCAAUCCCAAUUCGCCGUAUAGGAACUCAUGCGUGGUACGAUUUUACAUACAUCAGUUCGGUAAGAAUCCGGGCAGCAUAAAUUUAUCCGUAGUUGAGAUGAAGGAAAAGGAGAAUAUAACAACGACGCUUUGGUGGAGUAGUAAGAAUCAGGGUAGUGAUUGGCUGCGCGCAGAAUAUAUACUACCGAACAUCACGUCCAAAUACUUCUUACACUUUGAAGCGCGCAAAGGAAUGCGUAUUUUCUCCGAUGUGGCCGUCGAUGAUAUUUCCUUAAGUCCCGAAUGUUUCGGCUUAAAUAUACCAAAAGAGCAUCUUAACGGUUAUAACUACUGGGACGUGCGGCAUAAUUUCCGAAGUCCAUCGCAUAAAGAUUAUGAACAUAAACACUAUCUAGAGUUAACAACAUGUGACACACGUGGUAUGAUAGGACCGACACAGCUGGAAUGCGAGGUCGCCUAUAACGAGAACAACCAAAGUCACGUAUUAAAUGAAGUGCAGGUUAUCGAAGAAGAAAGUAACUAUAGGGGUAUGCAGAAAUGGAAGGUGCCACACGAGGGUUACUACACCAUUAUUGCUAAGGGCGCCAGCGGUGGUUUGGGUUCUGGCGGUGUUGGUUCUUCGCGUGGCGCCAUGGCUGUGUCCGUGCUCGAGCUGCACAAGAACGAGGAGCUCUAUAUACUUGUGGGUCAACAGGGUGAGAAUGCUUGCAUCAAAUCCUUGAGCGCCGGUCGUGAGGAGGGCUGCGGCGUCGAUGGUGAGGAACUGGAUUUGAGUAAAUACAGUUUUAGUUCGAAACAACAUAUGGUGAAGAAUAUUUACAUUGAGAAUGGCGCUGGAGGUGGUGGCGGUGGAUCCUUUGUUUUCCUGCUAAACUCUGCUAAGAAUGAGGCUGUACCGCUAUUAAUUGCCGGCGGUGGUGGCGGUCUCGGUAUUGGCCAGUAUAUCGAUGAAGAUUUCCAACAUGGACAAAAGCCGAAUCCGAACCGUUUUGGCGUUACCGGACAAAUACAUGGCGACCAAAUGAAUCUGAAAACUGCUGGUCCCGGCGGUGGUUGGCGCGCCAAAAACGAUCAAAGAUUGAGUCUGAAGUAUGGUGCGGCACUGUUGCAAGGUGGAUAUGGCGGUCACUCAUGCUACACCGAAGGUUUGGGCAACAGCAACGUUAGCACAGUAACCAAGCACGGUCAAGGUGGUUUUGGUGGCGGCGGCGGUGGUUGCAAUACUGGCGGUGGUGGCGGUGGCUAUGCCGGUGGUGACGUCUAUCUAAAUGAAUCGAACGGUGAGGGUGGCACUUCGUUUAUUAGCGUUAGCCGUAGCCUGAAGGAGUUCAGCAUUGUCUAUGAGGGCGCUAGUAGUGGUUCUGGUUCGGUGAUAAUCAUACCAGCUAUCGAGGGCUGCGGUUGCGAUUAUCGUUGUAUAGCUCUGGAUGAGUACCGUUCGUCGGUGCGUUGUAUAUGCCCGGAUGGUUGGCGUCUCAAGAAAGAUAAUCAAACCGCAUGUGAGGUGCUGGCCGAAGAGAGCUCGUCAUACUCUUAUCUCAUCGGAUUCUUUAUAUUCCUGGUUGUGCUAUUGGGCGCCGCACUUACAGCGCUCAUCGUCAUUCUAUAUAAUCGUUAUCAGCGUAAAAAGCAGGCCAAACUACGACACAAGAUGCUUUUGGAACAGGAUCUACAACUCAGUCGCUUGCGCCACAACAUCGACGACUCAAAUCUGACUAACUUUAAUCCCAACUAUGGCUGCGACGGCAUACUUAACGGGCGGGUCGAUGUUAAACAGCUGCCACAAAUCGCACGUGAGAGUUUAAGACUUGUAAAAGCACUAGGACAGGGCGCUUUUGGCGAAGUUUACCAAGGUUUCUAUCGUGCACGUGACAAUGAUACCGUUGAAAUGCCAGUAGCCGUAAAAACUCUACCGGAAAUGUCCACACGCCAGGCCGAAGAAGACUUCUUAAUGGAAGCAGCCAUAAUGUCAAAAUUCAAUCAUCCCAAUAUGGUACACCUAAUUGGCGUUUGCUUUGAUCGGCAUCCACGUUUCAUUGUACUCGAGCUGCUGGCUGGCGGCGAUCUGAAGAACUUUUUACGUGAGGGCCGCAGCAAACCCGACCGUCCAUCACAGCUCAUCAUGAAAGAUCUGCUAUUAUGUGCCCAGGAUGUGGCUAGAGGUUGCGAAUAUAUGGAGAGCAAACGUUUCAUACAUCGUGACAUAGCGGCACGCAAUUGCCUGCUGAGCAGCAGAGGUCCCGGCCGAGUUGUGAAGAUUGCUGAUUUCGGCAUGGCGCGCGAUAUUUAUCGCAGUGAUUACUAUCGCAAAGGUGGUAAAGCCAUGCUACCUAUUAAGUGGAUGCCACCGGAAGCCUAUGUGGAUGGCAUCUUCUCGGUCAAAACCGAUGUAUGGUCAUUCGGUGUGCUGUUGUGGGAGGUUUUCAGUUUGGGCAUGAUGCCAUAUCCGGGCUUACAGAAUCCUCAAGUCAUGAAACUGGUUGCUAAUGGUGGACGCUUAGGCUCACCACCGGCUUGUCCACCAGCCAUUUACCGUAUAAUGGCUGAUUGUUGGAAUCCUACACCAGAGCAUCGCCCAAAUUUCAACAGCCUGCUAAACCGCAUAAAUGAGGUCACUAUAGAUGAAGAACUAAUGGAGUCACCUAUACCAGAAAGCAUCUUUCAUCCGCUAACAGCCAACGGCGAUCAGGUUGUUUUACAUCCACCAGGCGGUGAAGAAUUCUGCUUACCAAUACCACAAACGUCCGACUAUCUGAUACCGCUACCCAGCGGUGCCGCUGUCGGUCUAAUCGCCAACAUGGACUAUGCCAGCGCAACUGAGGGUUCAUACGACUCGACCGGUGCCGUAGCCACCAUUUCAACGGCAUGCAGCGCCAAUAUCUGUACACCACCAGCAGUCGCGUCACCUAAUGCACCGAAUGUCGAAUUCAAUAUAGACGGCGCCGCCGCCGCAAUGGGUGACAGUGACUGUUGGGAAACUUCCUUCAUCUUACCCAACUCAAAGAGCGAUCAGCCGCUUUUAAGCGGUGCUGUUGGCGGUGUGAGCACAACAAACGUCAACGACUCGCAGCGCAGCAUACAUGAUGCCGUCUUGAAUGGUGCGUCAGCAGCAGGCAAUAUGAGCAAUGGACAUAACAGCAGUAGUCAGCAUUCACCGGUACUGCACAAUGGCAUGAAUGGCAUUAAGAUGAAUCAGCUCAAUCACAACAAUAACAAUAACAACAAUAAUAAUCAUCAUCAUCAUCAUCACCACGAACAUCAACAUGCCGACCAGCAUGUCGUGCACGAAAUGGAGGAGGCCAAACUGAUCAGCUUGGAUACGCCACAACCGACACCGACUACCAUACAGCCGCCACUGUCAUUCUGCUCACAAUUGGACGGCAUCACACUCGAUCCGGCGACGCUCACCAAGAGUCUGCAGCAGCAUAAGGUUGGCGCUGGUGGCAUUAUUAACUCUGCCGCCACCUCAUCCUAUGCCAACGUGCAGAUGAUGCCGUCGUCGGUGAACGCAACGCAUCAAUUGAUUGGCGCUGAUGUGGCAAUUAAGGAACUGCCACUGCCAAAUGGUGGUGCUGGUGUUGGUGCGGUUGAAAAAAUUAACGGUAUGAUCGAUGCGACGCUGCCAAAUGGACCGUCCGGUGUGUUGAAUGGUGUGGCGACUGUAAAUGGUAAUGGUGUUGCGGCGGCGGCGGUGAAUGCCGAUACGGCGGCGCCAUUCACAAUACAGGGUUACAACGAUCGUUACAAGGAUAAACAUGCCGAGAUCAGCUGUUAGACAGCUGAAUGCACGCACGAAACGAAAACAGCUGUUUAACGGCCGACAAUAGCUGAGUGUACACAGCUGUUGGGCGCAACUACGGUGACGACAACGACGGCAGCGUUAAACGCAGCCGGUAACGAGUCAGCGGUGUACAGGGUGUGUUGGUUGUAUUGUAUUUAAUUUUCACACAAUGAAAAUACAUAUUUGUAUAAGAAAUAUAUUUAAUAAAAAAUAAAUAAAUAAAAAUAUUUAUUAAGAAAUAAUUUUAUGUAUAUACAAUAUAAGCAAAAAAUAAAUGUCAUUAAUUUAAGUAUAAACGCAAGACAACAGGAAAAUUAAUUAUAAUUAUCCAAAGCAGAACUGGCUGAUUUUUACAGAAAACAAAUAUUAUUAUAAAUUACACAAUAAGUAAAAUGUAUGUGUGUAAGGCACAAGGGCAAACUUGAAAUGACAGUGAAUUUAAGCAUAAAUAAAAUAGAUACAAAUAAAUAUAUUGGCAUAGCUGAUUAAUUUUAAGACACACUGUUUAUUUUUAAAAGAUUACAUGUUUAAGAGAUGAAACCGCGCAUACACAGUUAUAGAUGCAUGUGUAUGUGCAUUGUGUGUUGAAUAGCGGCGGCAAAAUUUGUGACGCUGCAUAUUUUUAAGUUUUACAUAUGUACAUACAUAAUAUAUAAGGUAGUUUAUUUAUACGCGUAUAUAAAUGUAUGAAUAAAUAAUUAAAGGUUUAAUAAAUGUAAA